AUGUGUGGCAAAAUGAGCAGUGCUCAGUUCAUAAAUGCCCACAGACUUUUAGAGGAAAGAGCCACAGACCUACUGAUCCCUGUCCUCUCCCACUUCUGGUCACAGCUUGCCUUAGCCAGAUCCAGCUCCUCGGGUGACUCCUCCAAGCCACAAAGACACCUCGUUGCUAUAUUGAAAGAAGAUAAAGAGACGUUUGGGUUUGAAAUCCAGACCGUUAGGUUUCCAAACCAAAAUGAUUUCUCCUUGGAGGUGUGCACUUGCAUCUGCAAAAUUCAAGAGGAAAGUCCUGCCCAUCUCUCUGGCCUACAGACUGGCGACAUCCUCGUCAGCAUCAACGGUGUCAACACCGAGGGCUUUGGUCACAAGCAGAUAGUGGACUUGAUAAAGUCUUCAGGGAACUACUUGAGGCUAGAGACGGUCAAUGGGGCCUUGUUCCUGCGGAAAAUGGAGCUGGAGGCCAAGCUGCAGGUACUCAAGCAAGCGCUGCACCAGCGGUGGGGGGAGCUGCGGGCGCUGCUGGCCCGGGAGCGGCACUUGCUGCACGGGAAGGCGAACGACAACGCUCUGCUGGGCGCGCUGGACCUGGAAGAGCCCAGCUCGUGUGGCGGCUGCAGCUCGCCAGGACCCCUCUUCCCGAGCAAGCCCCGCUUCUCCAGCGAGAGCAGCUCCCGCAGCCGGCUGAGCUCGAUGACGGUGGGCAGCGAGGACAGCUUCUUCCAGGGCAGCGCCUUCGAGGACUCGGCUGCAGAGAGCCUGAGCCGCCAGUCCAGCGUGGACGAUGACUGUGUGUUCCCCAGGGACGGGGACGGUGCCGCCGGGAGGUGCUCCCUGCGCAGGAACCGCAGCAUCAGCCUGGCCAGCAGCGGGUCCAUGUCCCCGCUCUGGGAGAGCAGCAGCUACUCCAGUAGUUUUGGGACCCUCCCGCGGAAAAGCAGGAGAGCCAGUGUCCGGAAGCAUCUUUUGAAAUUCAUUCCAGGGUUUCACCGGGCGGUGGAAGAGGAAGAAAGUCGUGUCUGACGUCACACGUGUCACCCUCGAUGUCUGGGCUCUGCCCGUGGGACCGAGGCCGCCCCUCGCCCCGGGCACUCCGUGGGUGGAGGGCGGUGGCACGGCAGGGCACUCCUGCAGGCAACAGCACUGAUGAGAUUUACACAGCUCUGGGCGUUUAAUUAUUUUCAUUUUUAAUCAGGGCACGCUGUGGACCUCUUCAUUAACGUGAGAAACGUGAAGAACCUUUGCAGAACUUCCUCAGCGAACUUUAGUGUUAAUAAGAGUUUUUAAUUGAAUGCAAAAUUGAUAGCUAUUUAUUUCC